GAGUCAGACAACUUUCAUCAUCAUAAGAAAGUUGUCUUAUCUCAAGGUCAGUGCAAAAUCCAUAACGAGUCAUAAACCAGCUAAAGAGCUCCGGAAAUACGUAUCAGGAAACCAAAUCAAAUUACUCCGGGGUUAAUCAUACGGUAAUGAUCGAAUUUCGUGCUGCAUUGCUGAAAAACUGAAAAAUCCCAAAGCGCGUCACCCAGCUCCAGCGAAAAGAUCGAACGGAUGCAAAUACCGAUCUCGUAGCCACACACCGAAAGGGUAUGUGGCAUUCACAUUGAACCAGUCGUGUUUCAACUGCCCACCAGGUGUGCACCAUGACGCUGCCGUGCGCUCUCAAAUGCCUGUGCUUUAUGGCGAUACAUUGGCGACCCUUGGUGGUGGAGGCCCAAUUCGAUCCGUACUUCGCGAAAGGCGCCAGCGGAAUCGUUCAGCUGUUCGAGUGGCGCUUUGCGGACAUCGAAGCCGAGUGCCUGCGAUAUCUGGGUCCGAACAAGUUCGGUGCGGUGCAGGUGGCACCGGUGAAUGAAGUGCGCAUCAUGACCAAUCGGUCCUGGCACGAGUGGUACGAGCCUGUUUCGUAUCGGAUCGCCGGAAGAUCGGGCGAUGAGAUGCAGUUCCGUUCGAUGGUACAGGCGUGCAAUGGGGCCGGAGUUAGGGUGUUCGUGGAGGUGGUGCUGAAUCAUAUGGCCGGUGGGAGCGGGCCUGUGCGGGGAACGGGAGGCUCGGUUGCGUAUCCGGAUAGUCGCAGCUAUCCGGAGGCUCCGUACAGCGCGGCGGAUUUUCAUGAUGCUUGCGCGAUUAUCGACGAGGGUGAUCCCCAUGAGGUGAGGAACUGCCAGGUGGAUAAUUUGCCGGAUUUGAAUCAGGGAUUGGCGCGGGUGCGCCAAAGGAUGGUGGACUUUAUGAACAAGCUGAUUGCGAUGGGUGUGGCUGGGUUUUACGUGCAAGCAGCGAAGUACAUGUGGCCGCAUGAUUUGAAGGCCAUUUACAACAAACUGGAAAAUUUGAGCACCACGGCGGGGUACGCACGCGGUAGUCGACCAUUCAUUUACCAGGAUGUGCAAGAUAUGGGCUCGGGAGGAACAAGGAAGAGCGAAUACACUCCGAUGGGAUUCGUUACGGAAUAUCGCUUCGCGUUCGACAUAGGGGACAUCAUGUUCAAGCGGAAACCGUUCCAUUACAUGGUCAAUCUUGGAACGAGAUUGGGUUACAUUCCGAGGGAAAAAUCGAUUGUUUUUGUCGACGAUCCUGCGCUACAGAGACUGUCGGAUUCGGUUGAAAACCCGAAAAUAGUUACGUUCAGAAACAAGCGACUGUAUGGAAUCGCUUUGGCAUUUAUUUUGGCCCAUCGCUACGGCACUCCACGGAUUAUGAGCUCGUUUGAUUACAAGCACUCGAAUAGUGGACCCCCGAGUGACGCAACGGGAAAGAUCUCUCCGGUUGUGGUGGAUGGGAAUGAUCAGUGCGCCGGUGGUUGGAUUUGCGAGCACCGAUGGAAUGUGGUUAAAAAGAUGAUGAAAUUCAGGGCAGCAGUGUUGGGCCAACCCGUGAUCAACUGGGUGGACAAUGGCCAGAAUCAGGUGGCCUUCUGUCGGGGGAAGGUCGGUUUCGUUGCAUUCAAUGCGGAAAUUUCAAUCUCUAUGAAGGCAAAUUUAUUCACAUGUUUAAAGCCGGGGACGUAUUGCGACAUUGUGAGCGGGAAAGUUGAUGGGGGCAAGUGCUCUGGAACGAGCGUGACUGUGGAUGUCGAUGGGAGGGCCGAUAUCUUCAUUUCGAGUAAGCUGAAUGAACCAUUCAUUGCGCUGCUGGCAAGCGAGAAAAUAGCCUAAACCAGUAACGCUUCAAUUAAUCAUUAAUUACUCUCUGCACUGUCAUAAUUGAAAUAAAACACAUGAAUACAACUGCUGAA